GGCCCUUUGUUAUUUGACCAUUAUUAAAAUAAUUAUCUGUACCUCUAAUUUUUUUUGGGUUAACGAACACUGAAAUGAUUUCAAGAACCGGCGACAUUGGAUCCAAACCCGAAGGCACCGAUCACUGGACUUGAGAGUGAGAGAGAAAUCAUCUAUGAGAAGUUUUUAGUUUUGACCCAGGAGGUGGGUGGCCGUCGAUUCUUGAAACGUCAAUCCCUGGCCGUUGAUCUCUUCUUCAUGCUCCGCGACAUCCAUCUUCCUCUUUUUGUUUGAGGAGGAGCCUGUGAAUCUGUUUAGCUUCUUCUAUGCUUCUACUAGCUCUUCCUUUUACCUAGCUAACACGUGGCUCUAUAAAUGCUGUCACUUUAUAAAAACCCAAUGGGCUUCAAUAGGACAUACGGUGGAGAUCUGUAGGUAGUUUUUCUCCCAGUAAGAACGUUUCGAUCCCAUUGUUAGGUUUUUUGACUUCUACUUCUUCUUCUUCUUGCUGUUUGGAUUCCGAAUGGCAGCGAUUUAUAGCUUAUAUAUUAUCAACAAAUCAGGUGGUUUGAUCUUCUACAAGGAUUAUGGAUCUGCUGGACGGAUGGAUACAAAUGAUAGCUUACGAGUAGCUAGUUUGUGGCAUUCAAUGCAUGCCAUCUCCCAGCAGCUAUCACCAACUGUUGGUUGUUCAGGCAUCGAACUCCUUGAAGCUGAUACAUUUGAGCUCCAUUGUUUUCAGUCUCUUACGGGGACAAAGUUCUUUGUGGUAUGUGAACCUGGGACACCAAGCAUGGAGGGUCUCUUAAAGGUCAUAUAUGAAUUGUACACAGAUUAUGUUUUAAAGAACCCCUUCUAUGAAAUGGAGAUGCCAAUAAGAUGCGAACUCUUUGACAUCAACCUAACACAGGCGAUACAGAAGGAUCGUGUUGCUUUGUUGGGGCGAUAAACUGCUACAGGAAUUCUGUUUUCCAAUAAAUGCUUCUUUUUUUUUUUUUUUUUUUUUUUUAAUUUGUGUAUUUGCCAUGGAUAUUUUUGCUUGUACAACCUUCUUUUGAUGCAUUUCCUAAUAUCAAUCUUACGCAAUUGGCAA